UGGCGCAUGUGCAGUGUAGCUCCCGCAGCCGGACGGCGGCCGAAGGAACAAGGACCGAAACCGCUGGGUCCAGCAGCGCGUUCCGGGUCCGGGGAUCCUUCUUCAGAACACGGACAGGUCUCAGAGACAUCCCGGGGGAGGUCACCAGGCCCAAGCGCCAAGACCUGGCUCCUGCCCCCGGGGAGAGAUGAGUAUUUGAAGAUUUGAAGACGGGAAGUUUCAAGAUCAACAGAUGAAGGGCUUAUGCCCGAAACGUUGACUCUCCUGCUCCUCGGAUGCUGCCUGACUUUUCGACUCUGACUCUCCAGCAUCUACAGUUUUCACUUUGAUGUCACUGUCUGACAGUCACUCAGUCCAUCAGGAACGCAACAGUUUUCAACUAUGAGUCUGUGAGAAGGAGGAAAGCUUUUUGGUUCCCAUUUGAGUACAUUUUCAGCAUCAGUGGGAUUGGAUGAGAGACCCAACUGUUGCAGCGCACUGAAUGAGGAGUGUGUAGCAGCUAUACGGCCUGGAAAGAGGAAUUCUCGACGUGUUUGUGCGCGACUGAAGCUUUGGCCAUGGAGAAACCCGAGGAAUCCCGCCCCUUGGAGAAACCAUGGAAGUGUGGUGACUGUGGGAAAGGCUUCCGUGCUCCGUCUGCCCUGGAGAUUCAUCGGCGCAGUCACACCGGAGAGAGGCCGUUCUUCUGCCCUGAGUGCAGGAAGGCCUUCAGCAAUUCCUCCGCCCUGCAGGCCCACCAGCAGGUCCACACAGGGGAGAGGCCGUUCCCCUGCACUGAGUGCGGCAAGAUCUUUAGCAAUUCCUCCAUCCUGCUGAAGCACCGGCGGGUCCACACGGGGGAGAGGCCCUUCAGCUGCCCUGAGUGCGGGAAGGCCUUUACACAGGCGUCCAUCCUGCUGACCCACCGGCGGAUCCACACUGGGGAGAGGCCGUUCUCCUGCCCCGAGUGUGGGAAGGGAUUCAGUCAGGUGGGCAACUUGCGUACGCACCAGAGGGUCCACACUGGGGAGAAGCCCUUCAGCUGCCCCGAAUGUGGGAAGGCCUUCAGCUAUUCCUCCGACCUGCUGAAGCAUCAGCGCGUCCACACCGGGGAGAGGCCCUUCAGUUGCCCCGAGUGCGGGAAAGGCUUCAGCGAUUCCUCCGACCUGCUGAAGCACCAAAGGGUCCACACAGGGCAGAAGCCCUUCAGCUGCCCCGAGUGCGGGAAGGCCUUCAGCGAUUCCUCUGCCCUGGUGAAGCAUCGGCGAGUCCACACGGGGGAAAGGCCCUUCGACUGCCCCGAGUGCGGGAAAAGCUUUGCCCGGUCCUCCAACCUGCUGACCCACCGGCGGAUCCACACGGGGGAGAGGCCCUUCAGUUGCCUCGAAUGCGGGAAAGGCUUCACCCGCUCUUCCCACCUCCGGAGCCACCAGCGAGUUCACGUGCCAUCGCAGGGGGAUCUAUACGGCCUGGGAAGAGGAAUUCAUGUUGGGGAGGGUCUCCACACGUGUGCAGCUAAAGCUUCGGCCAUGGAAAAACCCGAGAAAUCCUGCCCUGUGGAGAAACAGUGGAAGUGUGGCGACUGCGGGAAAGGCUUCCGUGCUCCGUCUGCCCUGGAGGUUCAUCGGCACAUCCACACGGGAGAAGCCGUUCUCCUGCCCCGAAUGCUCAACUUUUUCUACGCCUUUUUGGCGCAGCGCAUGCGCAGUGCGGCGUCCCGCUGUCGGUCUUGCCCCGCCCCCUGCACCGUUCCUUUUCCUCGCCCCGCCCCGUUCCCUUGUGACGUCACAACGCGGAAGUGGCCCUCUGAAGCUCUGGCCAUGGAGAAACCUGAAGAAGCCCGCCCUGUGGAGAAACCGUGGAAGGGUGGUGACUGUGGGAAAGGCUUCCGUGUCCCGUCUGCCCUGGAGACUCAUCAGCAUAGUCACACCGGGGAGAGGCCAUUCCCCUGCACCGACUGCGGGAAGGCCUUCAGCACAUCCUCCCACCUGCGGACCCACAAGCGGGUCCACACGGGGGAAAGGCCCUUCACCUGCUCUCAGUGCGGGAAGGGCUUCAGUACUUCCUCCAAUCUGCUGACCCACCAGCAUGUCCACACCGGGGAGAGGCCGUUCACCUGCUCUCGAUGCGGGAAGGGCUUCACCUGCUCCUCCACCCUGCAGAGCCACCAACGGGUCCACACGGGGGAGAGGCCCUUCAGCUGCCCCGAGUGCAGGAAGGCCUUCAGCACUUCCUCCAACCUGCUGGCCCACCAGCGGGUCCACACCGGGGAAAGGCCAUUCACCUGCUCUCAGUGCGGGAAGGGCUUCACCUGCUCCUCCCGCCUGCGAAGCCACCAGCAUGUGCACACAAGGGAGAGGCCCUUCAGCUGCACCGCGUGUGGGAAAGGCUUCACUUGCUCCUCCACCCUGCGGAACCACCAGCGUGUCCACACCGGGGAGAGGCCGUUCACCUGCUCUCAGUGCGGGAAGGGCUUCACUUACUCCUCCACCCUGCGGAACCACCAACGUGUCCACAUGGGGGAGAAGCCCUUCAGCUGCCCCGAGUGUGGGAAGGGCUUCACCUGCUCCUCCACCCUCCAGACCCACCAGCGUGUCCACAUGGGGGAGAGGCCCUUCAGCUGCUCUCAGUGCGGGAAGGCCUUUACCCAUGUCUUCUCCCUGAUGAGGCACCAGCGGAUCCACACAGGGGAGAGGCCUUUCAGCUGCGCAGAGUGCGGGAAGGCCUUUACCCAGGCCUCCACCCUGCUGACCCACCAGCGGAUCCACACGGGGGAGAGGCCCUUCAGCUGCCCAGAGUGUGGGAAGGCCUUUACCCAGGCCUCCAACCUGCUGACCCACCAGCGGGUCCACACCGGGGAGAGGCCAUUCACCUGCUCUCAGUGCGGGAAGGGCUUCAGGUAUUCCUCCCACCUGCUGAUCCACCAGCGGGUCCACACGGGGGAGAGGCCCUUCAGCUGCCCCGAGUGCGGGAAGGGCUUUAGCACAUCCACCAUCCUGCUGAGGCACCAGCGGAUCCACACCGGGGAGAGGCCGUUCAUCUGCUCUCAGUGCGGGAAGGGCUUCACCUACUCCUGCAACCUGCGGAAGCACCAGCGAGUUCACGUGCCGUCGCAGGGGGAUUGAAGGAGUGACGGCCAAGUGCUAUUAUCGAUUGGACUAUCAACCCGGUUCCAGGGACUCCCGGGUUUGAAUCCCGCCACGACAGAUGGCAGAAUUGGUAUUCGGUCAGAAAUGUGGAGUUUGGAAUCUAAUGAUGAGAGCGUUUUUUUAAUCCUUGUGCUGUUUACCCUCACUAUUUUUUUAAUCCUUGUGUCUUUUAUUCUUGCUUUUACCUGUGCAACUGUUUAUAGUAACGUGUAAACACUAGUGAAGGAGAUUAUGCACCAGCAUUUUAUGUUCUCAGUCAUUGAAGGGGCAGGACUUGUUGAGAAUGAUUAGUAAAGCAGGUUGUGCACUAAGCCUUGUUAACAUCGAUAUAGUUUGUUCAUUGGAA